AUGGUGAAUCGUCCAUCCAUCGGUGUCACACAUCGCCUUGGACACCAGCACGUCCUGUCGAUUGCAUCGCCGGGCGAGAACACAGUUCAGCAGCUGCCUAGUUCGCGAUCGGCGGGGAAUUCGGGUCGCAUCCCUAUAUGUAGGCAGGCGGAAGAAGGUAUUGGUCAGGAGGAGGAGGAGGAGGAGGAGGAGGAGGAGGAGGAAGCGGUGUUCUGCGAAGGUUCUCAGGAGAAAGAGACCAUUGCUGAUGGAAGCGAACAGGCGAGUUCCGGGUAG